AUGGACAGAAUCAGUGAGUUGCCUAAUGACUUGCUGGUGAAGAUAUUAUCGUUUCUUCCAACCAAAGUUGCUGUGUCCACUAGCAUCUUGUCGAAACAGUGGGAUUUUCGUUGGAUGUGGUGGCUUCCUAAACUUGAGUACACUAUUAGUUGUUAUUCAAAGUCUGAAUGCGAGAGGUUAAAGUGUUUUCUUGACAGAAAUCUGCCAUUACAUAGAGCUCAGGUUAUUGAAAGCUUCCGUCUCGGGUUUUAUUAUCCACAUUUUGAACCUGGAGAUAUCAGACUGUGGGUUCUAACUGUAGUUUCUCGCUGUGUCCGUGGGGUGGAGAUUUCUUAUUAUUCUGAUUACAAGAACAAGCAGGAUAUAUUGCCGAGUAACUUGUAUACCUGCAAAACGCUCGUGACCUUGAAACUCUAUGGACCGAUUCUUGUGGAUGUUCCUCGUAUGGUUUGCCUUCCUUCUCUGAAAACUUUGCGACUUGAAGAGAUGGUAUACUCCAGUGAAGAUUCUCUUCAACGGCUUCUAUCUAAUUGCCCUGUUCUUAAAGAUCUAUAUGUGAAAAGACGUGCAUGUGAUAAUGUGAGAAGGUUCAUUGUUAUUGUCCCAUCUUUGAAACGUUUAACAUUCCUUGAAGGUGAUUAUUUAGAUGAGAUUGUGGUAAAGACUCCUUCUUUGAAGUACUUGAAACUUGAGUAUUUUAAUUCUAAGAUUCCCCACUGUUUGAUUGAGAAUAUGCCUAAGCUGAGGGAGGCCUAUGUAGAUUUUAACUUUCCUAUUCUCGAGAGGCUUAUUGGAUCAAUCACAUCUGUCAAGCGUCUUACAUUAUGCCAAGUAGACAACAGGUCAGAGGUGAUAAUUUUUCUCAACUCUAUGGCUUUAAACUCAUCUACAGAAUCUUCUGUUAGUGUACGUGGUGAUGGUCUUGUCUUCAAGGAUGUUCUCUUUCGCCGUAUCUCUUUUUGA